CACCGGAAGACGCGGCUCUGAGUUGAAAGGUCAUCAACGUCAAAUCAAGCUAGCUGCUGAAGAAGCUUGUCCCAUUUAGAAUAAAAAUGUCAAGUACAGAGGAUGAAACGGAGAUUCCUAUUCCAUGUGUGCUCAUCACAAGCUGUGACGGUGGUUUUAAAGAAGAAGAGCUGAUUAAACAGAUCCUCAGUUCGAAGACUUUGCCGGAGCCGAUCAAACGAGAAGAAACGGUAGCCUGGUAUCCAUGGACCAUCAACAACAAAUAUUAUACGGCGGAUGUGAGGCUAUGCGUUGUGUCAAGCACUUUUCAAAUGUCAUCGGAGAUCGCCCAGUCCAUGCAGGCUUUUAUCGCUUAUUUUGACAGUACAGUGAAGGAUGGUCUGGAAAAGCUACUUCCUUGGAUAUCAGUAGUGGAAGAUCUUGCCCCAGAAGUGUUAAUUCUGGUGUGCGAUAGAGUCUGUGGAGAUGGGAUCACCAGACAUGAAGCCCAACAAUGGUGUCUGUCUCAUGCUUUCGAGCUUGUGGAGCUCAAUCCACAGGAGUUGCCAGACGAGGAUGAUGACUUUCCAGAAUCCACAGGAGUCAAAAGAAUUGUCCAGGCUCUCAAUGCCAACGUGUGGACCAGUAUGGAGAUGAAGGACGGACACAAUCAGGGCUUCGGUCUGAUGAGCAGUUUAGUAGCUGCCAGACACAACAACCCACACAGCUGUCAAGAUCCACAGCCGUCCUCCAGUUUGCCAAUCGAGGGCUCGCGUGUCAGUGAGGAGACUGAGCACACAGAAAGUAGCGCCAACACAGAGACCCAGGCGGACACAGUUGUUGACGCAUUGACUGAUUUGGACAUCCGGGAACUCGCUAAUCUCACAGCUGGAGAUGCAGAUGUGGAUAACUUUGAACGUCUUUUUACUAAAUUAAAAGAGAUGAAAGACAAAGCUUCCUCCUUACCUCAUGAGGAGAGAAAGGUUCAUGCAGAGAAGGUAGCAAAGGCGUUUUGGACGGCCAUUGGUGGUGAUGACGAUGAGAUAGACGGGUUAUCGUCAGGAGAGGAAAGCUAAAAGCACAGACCUGUAACUCAGUCCCUUUUCUCCUGGUCCUCCUCCCAUCCUGGAGCGCUCAUAUGAUCCGGCACUCGUGGACGUGUUUCACCUGAAAGGUGUGAACGCUUACAGGUGGUACAUUUGGCGUAGUCCUAUUUAGACACUUUUGAUUCUUAAAUUGAAAUAAUUGUGAUACUCGGAAAUUGUGAGAAGCAUUUGCGUAUUUGAAUUGGGGAGAUUAGUGAUUCCCCCCCCCCCGGGUCGCUUGCUUUGCAAUGAGCCCAGAGUAAAACUUAAUACAUGGUGGUGCGGGUGGAAAAACAUAAGUAAUGUAACGUGGGCUUCAAUUUAAGUCCAUUAUACAAUGGUACACUUGUCACAUACAUUUGCAAGUGACAUAAUGUGUCUUAUCCCUGUAAGAGUUGUAAGAUGUUUAAUGCAUAUUCUGUUGAAUCAACAUAAAGACUUGUGAUUUCAUUUUA